AUGGACGGGCGGAGCUGCAGCCUCUUUGUGCUGUUUGGUCUUUGUGGAGCUUUUGCAGCCGCUGCAUUUGACGUCGUAGGACACGAAGGCGCUCAGAGGCGCCUUCUGGAAGACGCUGAUCAGCCAAACAGCAACAACACUGAACUUCAAAAGGCGUCUGGCCCAGAUGAGAAGACAAAGCCUAUUGAGUGGUCCUAUCUGGCUGCAGGACUGGGAACUGCCCUCACCGUCUCCCUCCUCAUUGUGGUGGCCGUCAAGUUUCGCCUCUUCCAUCGCUUCUUGGCCAGCUACAGGCACUCCCUCCUCCAGGAGAUCGACGGCGUCAGCCAGUACGGCCAGGAGGAGGCGUCCUUCCCUAACAGUGUGAUUGUAGAGGGGACUUCAAGAGAAGCGGAUGAGGAUGAUGAUGGCUUCAUUGAAGACAACUAUAUCCAGGCCAGUGAGAAAGACAGGGCAGAGAGGGAAAGAGAGGAGGAAGAGAUGGAGGAAGACAGUGACGAAGAUCUGCAGUUCACUAUAGAGUGA